UGUUUCACGCAUGAUACGCAUAAUAUAUUAUUUUAGCCUUGUUUAACAUUCAGUGAACAACAAGGAUAAAAUUAUACGUCAAGCACAUCAUGCACGAAAUGAAAUGCAGCUGAAUUCUAACCUAACCUAACCUGUAAUUUUGCUGAUAUCGCUGAUGAUCAUUUAUAACCUAGAUCUGAACUGUCAAAGUGGAAAAUGACAUAUAAUAUUAAUUAGUGUCUAAUCGCAAAGUAACGUGUUAUCCUUACUAACGUGUUAUCCCAUGUAAUUCGUUCUAAAGGCUUCACGAUGUUUGAAUUGCCAGCAGAAUUGAUAGCUAAGCCUUUAGCUCUGAUAGGUUUGACUGGAUUAGACAUUGCAAAUCCAGUACAUCGCUCUAUCUGGGAUGCAUUCAGCAAUAAUCGUAGACCGGAUUGCGCAGCCGUUCAGUUCAAGCUUCUCGGUUUGGCGCACGAAUUUCCUACUGUCAAGCCAAAGCGUAGCUCAUACGAAUGGUACAUACCUAAAGGAAUUUUAAAACGGAACUGGAUAAACAAGUAUCUCAAUGAUAUUCCUUCUGUGGUUGUUGUGUUCUAUGAUUUAGACUGGAAUGAUCCUUUGUGGAAUGAGAAAAAGAUGGAAUGUGCAUCUAGAGUGCAAUCUUUAAGAGCCGCUCUCGACGGAAGAAGUACGAAAAUAGCUGUAGUGUUGAUACAACAUGCAGUUCAACCGCUUCCUGGUGCCGAAGACGUAGUCGCGACUGAGCGCGCAACAGCGUUGUGUGGAGCUUGUGAUUUAACAGCAAAGCUUUUGUACAUUCUGCCGCAUGCUGAUCACUUACUGGGAUAUAUAUCGAGGCUAGAGACGGCGUUCUACGAUUUGGCACAAAACUUUUAUCAUCACGAAUAUCGGAAUGUUAAAAGUCAUCGCGAUCAGCUCACUAAGAAUGUUCAUCAAUACUUAUUUGUUCGACAUCAAUUUAAAAUGGCAUUCUUGAACGAACUCAAGCAGGAGUUGCAUCUUGCUCAAAAGCAUUACAUGCAAGCUUACCACAAUCUUCUUGAAACAAGAAUGACGGAUGCAAACGCAGUGGAGAUAAAAACCAUUGCUGGUUUCAUAAAUUAUAAAUUGUGUAGAAUAAUGUUUAAUUUGAAUCUUCCAUUUGCAGAAUUAUUUGAUGAGGCUAUUCGUCAAGGAUUACCUGCUGUUCAAACGCAACAUCCAGGGUAUUAUUUCCAAUUGGCUGCCAAUCAUGCAAGUUUAAGACAAUCUGCGUGUAAAGAACUCUGUCAGCAUAUAAGCAGCUAUCCAGAUCCUGAUCCAUUACUAGGUGAAGAGAAACUGGAAUUUUAUGGACAACGCCCAUGGAGACCUGGGAAAUUAAGCGCGGAACCAGCAGACACAGCUCGAGAAGCUAUUGGCAUACAAGCUUUACAACAUAGGGAAAAGACUGCAGUUAAUCAUUCUAUGAUAAUUAUUGGUUUACUAGGAAACGCGAUAUCGCAAUUCAAAAUAUACCGUUGUCCAAGAAUGCGACGAUUAUUAGUUGUACAAAUGGCAGAAGAGUACUUUAAUGCUCGGGAUUAUGGCAAAGUUCUUACAUUAUUGAUGCAUAUGUUGUGGGAAUAUCGUGGUGAACGAUGGCCAGUCUUACUCACAGAUAUUUUAAAAAAUGCGUUGCGAGCCGCAUAUCUGUCGACCAAUAUCCAAGACUAUCUUACUUUGACCCUCGAAGCUUUAGGACCUGAAACUACAUUUUCAGAGGAACGACAAGCUAUUAUUUAUAAUAAUAUUAUGAAUAUACUACAGAAAAAACCACCGAAUCCAGAACCAGAUUUGCCAGAUGACAUUAAGCAUCCUGCCGUGGAAAAAUGGAUGUUGGAAUUAAAUCGUUCAGAGCCAAAUAUUUUUACAAUUGAUGAUAACAACAUGACAUCAUUUGUCGAUCUUAAAGCAAGAUUCUUGCAACAAACAUACGCAGUGAAUACAAUGAUAACAGUGGAAGUUAUCGUAAGGAAUUCUUACUGUGGCGUCAUUGAAUUUUCCAAUGCAUCGAUAACAAUCAGUGGACCAGGUUACAAUGCUGAAAUUCCGAUUGAUGAGACUCAACAGAGAGAUCUUAUUUUUCAACCUAAGGAAACGAAAAAGUUUUACUUCAACUUUAGAGCGCCUCAUCAAAAUGAUGGCGCAGAAAUUCGUAUUAGCACAGUUUCCUUACAAAUGGGUGAUAGCGCUCAUUGUUGUAUUUUAUUGAGAUUUUCAGCUAUGGGUAGAGAAACGAAUUUGUUGGAUCGUUUGUAUCCUGAAAUACAACAACUUCGUGGAGGUGAGUUUGAGGCAAUAAGACCGUUAAUUCACGCGGAGAUUAAACGGGAAGAGUCGAGUUUAAGUCUAGACGCAGAAUCCAACAAUCCUGCGCUUUUAGGCGAGUGGCUACCCAUCACGAUAUCGCUAUCAGCCAAUGAAAGUGUUAAUGCAGUCUAUUUACAUAUAAUACUUGUAUCAGAUGUUAGCAAUGAGCAAUCAACUGAAUUAAGCAUUAAUAUGCUUAGUAAAGAAUCAAAAAUAUCUAUUACCGUUGGCGAUAUGACAAAAGGCACUUCGACCAAACAUAUUGUGCAUAUUAGAGCACAUAAAGUAGGCGACAGAAAUAUUAUAAUAAAGGCAGACUAUACGAGACCCGAACAAAUUAGAGGAAGCAAAGAAUUAACAUAUUUGUUGGCGGUUAAGAAACCAUUCGAAGUUGCAACACAUUUUUACACUACGCUAUUCGAACCAUUAACAAAGGGUUUUGUUAAUGAGUCUUUUAUCAUUAUGCCCCAUAUUACAUGCGUUUCUCCAUCGCCUAUAAACAUCCUAAGUACUUCUGUAGAAUUGGCAGAUUCUAUUCAAAGAGAGAACAAUCUCGACAAUGAGGAGUCCAUUUUAUCGGGUGUUAAACUCUGUGAUGGUGAGACAGGGACUGAUGCCUAUUGCUUGAUUCCAAAGAUAGGUGGUGAGCAGCCAAUUAGUAUUGGAGUAUAUACCAUCAAGUGGAAAAGAGCAAAUGACGAAACUGCGUUAGAAACAAGUAGUAGUGUAACUUUAGCUCCUUUAUGGGUCGAAGAUACGGUAAUCGGAUUGGAAGCCAAAAUGCCGGCCCACGGAUGGGUUCGCACGCCGUUCUGUAUAUCAUAUUUUAUAAAAAACCAUUCUGAUUACCUCGUCACUUUGCGUCUAGCUAUGGAAGGCAGUGAUGCCUUUAUGUUUGCUGGACAAAAACAAGUUGAUAUUUACAUACUGCCUAGAAAUAUUCGAAGGGUUGAUUGGGUUUUACGACCGCUAGUCGCCGGUUUUGUCGCUCUUCCAACAUUAUCGCUAACUGUACCUGCAGAUGAGGAACACAAGCUGGGUAAAAAACGACUAUCUGAGAUGAUUGAACGUUCAUUGCCGAGUCAUAUAUAUAUACUGCCGAAGUCGCAAUCUUUAGGAGAAUAAAUAAAUUCGUCGUUGGGAUAUUUUCUUUUUACGAAAAGAAAAAUAAAUCUUUCCUCAAUCGAAAUGCGUUAUAAUAUUAUAACAUCAAUUUUGCACAGACAAUUAAAUAAGCUAAUAUAUAUAUAUAUGUAUCAUAUUUAUUAAAGUCACGCGAAUAUAAACUUUUCUUGGAUAUAAU